AUGUUCAAGGAUGCUUAUGCCUAUGUCAAGGCUUGUGAUUGGUGUCAACGGACUGGCACAAUUUCUAAGAAGAACGAGAUGCCACUUAACAACAUACUCAAGGUCGAGUUGUUUGAUGUGUGGGGGAUAGAUUUCAUGGGUCCGUUUCCCUCUUCCUAUGGCAACUGUUAUAUCUUGCUAGCCGUUGAUUAUGUCUCAAAGUGGGUGGAAGCAAUUAAUAUUCCAACCAAUGAUGCUCGUGUGGUAAGUAAGUUUUUCAAGAAAGUUAUUUUCCCUCGUUUUGGUUUACCACGUGUUUUGAUUAGUGAUAGGGGAACACACUUUCUGGAGCAUCCAUUUGAGGCAAUGUUGAAGAAAUAUGGAGUGCAACAUAAGCUUGGAAUUGGCUACCACCCACAGACUAGUGGCCAAGUUGAAGUGUCAAAUCGAGAGAUCAAGUCCAUUAUAGAGAAAACAGUUGCCAGAACAAGGAAAGAUUGGUCCGCGAAGUUAGAUGAUGCAUUAUGGGCAUACCAAACGGCUUUCAAAACGCCAAUUGGAACAACCCCAUAUAGACUUGUCUACGGGAAAGCAUGCCACCUGCUCGUUGAGCUAGAACAUCGAGCAUUUUGGGCCAUCAAAAGCUUAAAUUUCGAUGCCAAAGAAGCGGGAGAAAAUAGACUAUUACAACUCAAUGAACUAGACGAGCUUCGUCUCGAAGCUUAUGAAAGUUCAAAGUUAUAUAAAGAGAAAACAAAAAGGUGGCAUGACAAAAACCUUGUGAGGAGAGAGUUCAAGGAAGGAGAUUAA